AUGAAAUUUCUCUUCUGGAGGAAAAGCCCAAAGAAUGAGCAUCGCGAACCACUGAAUAAUUCACGGAAGCCACCAAAUACAGCAUUUAGGCAGCAAAGAUUAAAAGCAUGGCAACCAAUUCUGUCACCACGAAGUGUUUUACCGCUGCUGAUAUGUGUUGUCUGUAUAUUUCUGCCUAUUGGCAUAGGGUUGAUAAUUGGAGCUUCAAAAGUUCAAGAUAUGAGCAUUGACUAUAGUAAAUGUGACACGUUAGCGUCUAAAGAUUCCCAGCAACUCAUUCCUUCUAAGUACGUGAGACAUCAUUUUAAGAAACAUGUUAAUACAAAACCUAGCUGGAUUUUAAUUGAAGAUGAUGCUGGAGAACAAACUUGCCAAAUUCACUUUGAGAUUCCAAAUGAAAUUAAGAGUUCAAUCUAUGUGUAUUACAAAUUAUCCAAUUUCUUUCAGAACCAUAGAAAGUAUGUAGAAUCAUAUGAUCAUAAACAGCUAAAAGGUAAACCAAUUGAACUAGAAAAGUUGAACACUAAUUGUAAGCCACUGAGGGGACAAGAUGAUAAGAUCAUCUACCCAUGUGGACUUAUUGCCAAUUCGAUGUUUAACGACACAUUUGCAAAGCAAUUUAAAGGUGUAGGUGAUACAGAUGAUUACAUCUUAACGAACAAGAAAAUAUCCUGGAGUAUAGAUCGUCACAGGUUUCAAAAAACGAAAUAUAAUGCAUCCGACAUUGUUCCACCUCCUAAUUGGGCAAAGAAAUUCCCUGACGGAUACACAGAUGAUAAUAUACCUGACAUACAUGAAUGGGAAGAGCUUCAAGUAUGGAUGAGAACAGCACCUUUUCCUAAGUUCUAUAAAUUGGCAUUAAAGAAUGAGUCUAUGCAUCUUCCAAAAGGUAAUUAUUCUAUUGAUAUUGGUUUGAAUUAUCCUGUUUCUCUCUUUGGGGGAAGCAAAUCGUUAAUUUUAACAACUAUUACAGGUAUCGGGGGGCGUAACGUUUCUUUAGGGGUUGUAUUUUUAAUUGUUACUUGUGUAUCUGGAUUAUUUGCCAUUAUAUUUUUGGUAACAUUAUUCUUCCAACCAAGAACGAUGGGAGAUCGUUCAUUUUUGAACUUUGAUGACGAAGAAGGUGCUGUUGAAGUUGAAGAUAGUACUGGGCCACUAAGAGAAAUAUUAUAG